AUGUGCGCUACUGAGUUGCUGUCAAUGAAGGAUUCAGUAAGCAAAGAAGAUAAUACAAAAUCCAAAGCUCAGCUUAAAGCUGAAAGGAGAGCUAUUCAAGAAGCUCAAAGAGCUGCGAAGGCUGCUUCUAAAGGUACUGACAAGCCAAAAGUCACGCAAACACCAAAUGCCGCUCCUAGUAAUGCACCAAAUACUCUCCCAAAUCAGGACACAGGCAUGAAUGAACAAAAGACUAUUUCCUCUAUGGAUGAGAAAGCAUGUAUCGGUGUGGUGCAAAGUCAAAAUAACCGCCUCGAUUAUUCAAGCCUUAAAAUUGCCGAAGUUCCGAAGUCCAGAACACAAGAGUCCUGUCGCGUUCACCUCUUCAAGCAUCUUGACCAACCAGACAAGCGAGUAAAUGUUAUCAGUUAUCUUGGUUUAGGGACUCGUUCCUCAAUCCAUCCUUCAUUCCUCACUCUGGGUGUCGAUUUUGACGAAGAUCGAAUAUGGGGCUCCAAUGAGAAGUGUUUAGCGUUUUUGUCGUCAUGUGAAGAACUCAUACGUUCAUUCAUUCCGAAGUCACCUACCGAAAGAAUGAACAAUCACACUGGAACAAAUGAUGCUCUGUUUUGCCGGAGUUUCGGACCAGUUUUGCAAGCUCAUGUAAACUUUCUUCAGCUUUGUCGUCCACUAUCUGUUACGAUACAUAAUGCAUAUCAGUAUCUGAAGCAGACGCUUACUCGCCUAGAUUCCGUGGAAGAUUGGGAUGAGUGCAGAGGCAGUUUUUUAUCAGCCAUCGUCGAAUUUAGACGUGGUUCAAUUUACUUGGCAGGAGAUGAGAUUGUAGAUCGUACAGUUAAUUUGAUUCGUUCUGGUGAAUGUGUCUGUAUAUUUGGAUAUUCAUCCUUGGUAGCCCGUGUGCUGGAACGUGCAUGGAAAUCUCCAUGCAACACAUCUGUCAAUCAAGUUGAUGCAAAUGUUGAUUUUUAG